AUGGCAGUGGUCCAUCACACAGGGAAGCAUGUGGGUUUUCCCCGAGGGCUCUUGCCCAACAGGUUGGUGUUCUCUCAAGACAUUGAAGAGGUUGGCGAAAUCUGCUUGGAUGCGUUCCAUGUGGUGUGCAUUGAGCAAAAGUUUUCCAUGACCAUUAUCCUUUCAGAAUCAGCAGAGGCAAGCUUCAAACGUGCUUUGAGCCACAGCUAUUUGCAAGAAGUGCGAGCCGGUUUGGGUGCCAUGGACGUUCGGGGUGCCAAAGCCACGUCUACAGCGGACGAAGAUCUGAUCAAACGGCUCAUCUUGAAGCUGGGCAAGGCUUAG